AUGGUUGGUGCCAUGUGGAAGGCGACUGUUUUGCUGGCCCUGCUGACACUUUGCCCUGGUGGUGAUGGGCUGUUUCGCCACAUAUACAAAAAUGCCUGGGUUUCCGCGCCACAUACGCAAGACACAGGACAGCCCUUAUUUCUUACUCCCUAUGUGGAAGCUGGGAAAGGCAAACAAGGUAGACAAAUGAGCGCGGUGACUCAGGUCCUGGGACACAACGUGGAGAGCUACUGCGGCUUCCUCACCGUGAACAGCACUUACAACAGCAACCUUUUCUUCUGGUUCUUCCCGGCGCUGGUAGACUCGGAAAAUGCCCCAGUGGUUCUCUGGCUGCAGGGCGGGCCAGGAGGCUCAUCCAUGUUUGGGCUCUUUGUGGAACACGGACCUUAUAUGGUGACAAAGAACAUGACCCUGCGCAUCCGAGACUUUCCUUGGACCAAUACCCUGUCCAUGCUGUACAUCGAUAACCCAGUGGGCACCGGUUUCAGCUUUACCGAUGACGCCCGGGGAUACGCGGUCAACGAGGAGGAUGUGGCUCGAGAUCUGCUCAGUGCACUACUUCAGUUCUUCCAGUUGUUUCCUGAGUACCAAGAGAAUGACUUCUAUGCUACUGGGGAGUCUUACGCAGGCAAGUACGUGCCGGCCAUCGCCCACUACAUCCACACGAUCAACCCCGUCCUGACGGUGAAGAUCAACCUGAAGGGGAUCGCUAUGGGGGACGCGUACUCCGAUCCCGAGUCGAUCAUAGGGGGCUACGCAACAUUCCUGCACCAAACUGGCUUGUUGGAUGAGAUGCAGAGAAAGUACUUCCAGAAGCUGUGCGAUGAGUGCGUGAAGUACAUCCAGGAGGAGAAGUGGUUUCAAGCCUUUCAAGUGAUAGAUAAACUACUAGAUGGUGACUCAACAACCGGCCCUUCUUACUUCCAGAAUGUGACAGGAUGUUCUAAUUACUAUAACAUUUUACAGUGCACGGAACCUGAGGACCAGAGUUACUAUGGGAAAUUUUUGUCCCUCCCAGAAGUGAGACGAGCCAUCCACGUGGGAAACCGGACUUUUAACAAUGGAUCCACAGUGGAAAAGUACUUGGAAGAAGACACAGUGAAGUCAGUUAAGCCGUGGUUAGCUGAAAUCAUGAAUAAAUAUAAGGUGCUCCUCUACAACGGCCAGCUGGACAUCAUCGUGGCGGCCGCCCUGACCGAGCGCUCCCUGCUGGCCAUGGACUGGAAGGGGUCCCAGGAAUACAGGAAGGCCAAAAGGAAGGUCUGGAAGAUCUUCAAGUCCGACAGCGAAGUGGCUGGGUACGUGCGCCAAGUGGGCGACUUCACUCAGGUCAUUGUUCGAGGCGGAGGACAUAUUUUGCCUUACGACCAGCCCCUGCGAUCCUUUGACAUGAUAAAUCGAUUCAUUUUUGAAAGAGGGUGGGAUCCUUACUGAUGGAUAAGCUCCUUUUUCUCAAAGAGAACGAACGCCAAGGGUUUGGAUCUUUGAAAGGAAAGAUUUCAGAACGGAAGAUGUCAUGCGAAUAAGAAAGCAACCUUUUCCUAUCGGCAGAACUGUUUCUCAUCAAUAAAAGUUACCCUUGAAAUGA